CUCAAAGUUAGCUUUUUGUUCAUUUAUAAUGGCUGGUGUUGUAGUGAUUUUUGACUUUGACUCAACUAUCAUUGAGUGUGAUAGUGAUAAUUGGGUUCUAGAUGAAUUUGGUUUAACUGAGAAAUUCUACCAACUUCUUCCUAACAUGCAUUGGAACCCUCUCAUGGACAAGAUGAUGGAUGAACUUCAUUCACAAGGAAAAACAAUUGAAGAAAUUGUUGAAGUUCUUAAUAAAACUCCUAUACAUCCUCACAUUGUCCCUGCCAUUGAGGCUGCUUAUUCCCUUGGGUGUGAGCUAAGGAUUCUGAGUGAUGCAAAUAUUUUCUUUAUUGAAACAAUUUUGAAACAUCAUGGGGUGCUGAAUUGUUUCUCAGAAAUAACUGCAAAUCCAAGUUAUGUUAAUGAAGAAGGGAGGCUCAGAAUUUGGCCCUACCAUGAUUAUCUAAAAUCUUCUCAUGGAUGUAACCUUUGUCCACCAAACAUGUGCAAGGGAUUGGUGAUAGAAAGGUUCCAAAAUUCACUUGAUACUGGAAAGAAGAAAUUUAUCUACUUAGGAGAUGGAAGUGGAGAUUUUUGUCCAAGUCUAAAGCUCAAAGAGAGUGAUUAUGUGAUGCCUAGAAUUAACUUUGCAUUGUGUGAUUUAGUAUCUAAAAAUUCAAAUGACAUAAAGGCACAUGUACAUGGUUGGAUAGAUGGUGAAGAGCUUAAGCAUGUUCUGCUUGAUAUCAUCAACAAAACUAUUGGUAAAGAAAAUAAUAUUAUUGGUCCAAAAAUUAUCUCAAUUGAUUGCAAAUUGGGGACAAUUUCAAUUGAGACUCAUAAACCUUUUCCUGAAGCCCUCCCAAUUAGGAACUGAAAAUUCCAAAGGAUGAAGGAUGAUAUAUUCUGAAAAUUUUCUUUUACUAUCGUUGUUCUAGCUUGCAAGAAGACAUGAAAAUGUACCAAUAAAUAAUUAAUCAAGUAUAUUGUGUUGACUAAAAGUAUACUUCAAAAUUUAUCUAGCUUUCGUUUUGAGUCA